AUGGGCCUACGGGUGGGCGCAAAACCCAACUGCGCAGUCGCGGAGGCACGUGCCCACGCGCAGCCUUCACCAAGCUUGUUCUCAAGGAGAACUACAUACUUCACGGUCGACAUGGCUCGUCAAGUGUCCAGCCUGCAUCAGCGGGGCCAGAAAUUAUACCAAAAGGGCGAUUUCAAGGGCGCGAUCGAGACCUUCAGCGAGGCGUUGAAUCAGAAAAAUGGGGACACUAUUGGUGUUUUGGACAAUCGUUCCGCGACCUAUUCCAAACUCGAGCAGCUUGACCAGGCGCGUCGAGACGCGAAGCAGAUGAUCAAACUGGGCAAGAACAGCGAUGAACGUGGAUACUUGCGUUGCGCCAAGGUGCUUCUGCUGGAAGGGAAAGCGGACAAGGCGCUUGAAAUCUACGCGUAUGGCUUGAAGGUGCUCCCACCUGAUCAUCCACGACGCUCGUUUCUCCAACAGUUUCACGACAAACUCUCCGACAAGAUGUUUGUCAAUCGUCGAGAUCCUUUCACGGCUCUGCCCCUCGAGGUGGCCUUUGAGAUUCUCAAGCACUUUUCCUUCAAACAAGUUGUGGCAAUUCUUCGCGUUUCCAAAACUUGGGACCGAUUCUUCACCUCAAUGCCAAACUUGUGGAUGAACAUGGAUCUUUCCGGGGCUCGAGGCAAGGUGCCGUGGACGGCCCUUCGAGCAUAUAUCCGACGAUCAAAGGCUCGGAUCACACAUGCGACAAUCAAAAACCUGGCAACUGCAUCGAUCUCCAGGAGCCUAGAGAUCCUGAGCCGAUGCCCGCAACUCGAAUACCUUGAUCUCGGAGUCACAUACGACUGCAGGGAGUUUUACAAAAAAUUCCAAGGUUGCAAAAGACUGAAGACUCUGAUCAUUUCCGCGGACAUGGUCGUCACGCAGGAAUAUUUCGGCAAAUUCAUCAACAGCUUUCCCCUUCUGGAGCGUAUUGCUCUUUUGAAUGUCAAGCAUUCACCUCGCCAUGUUCAUGACGGGAAAUGGCCUAGUUCUUUACCAAACUUGAAAAGCAUUACGUUGGCCGGGAAGUUUCAGCAACCCUUGGGACACGAUCACGAAUACCCAAUCUAUAUCCCCUCUCUUUCAGAAGACCUCGAGCCCCAUACAUACCCAAACUUGGAAGAGCUCCGACUGAACUGGAACCCACCUAAACUAGACCCAUACUCAUUCACCCAAUUAUCGAGCGGAGGUGCUCUUCCCCCGCUUCGUCGAUUAAGUCUCACCGGUGUGUCGAUUGGUGAAUCCUUUUAUUCAGACCUUCCCGCAACCAUUGAAUACCUCUACCUUGAGGGCGGGACAUUUUCAAAUUUCGGGACAGACGACACUGGGAAGACGCUUCCUAAUUUACACACUCUCAUGCUUGUCGAUCUCAAGUGGCUCACUAGCCACACCCUCGAUGCGCUCCUAACCCAGGCUCAGGCACCUAUUCAAACACUGCACGUUAACGAUUGCGUCAACCUCGCAGGCGAGGAGUUUCUCCACCUCAUGAAGAGUGCUGCCCCCGACGUCAAGUUGACCGAGUUAAGCAUCUUCCACAUGUUUGGUGUCGAUGAUACUGUUGUCCAACAUCUCCAUACCCAUCUACCUGACCUGAAAGUCCUCAACCUGAGUUUCACGAACAUCACAGGCUGCAGCAUCCGCAUGUUCGCGGAAGCCCUCGCGUCAGAUUCCCAUGAAGGAGCACGGCUUGAACGCCUGUGUGUCCAAGGCUGCGAGGAAGUCUCUUCGGAUGCUGUGGCAUAUGGCCGAGAACGAGGGUUGGAAAUUAUCACCCGUUGA